AUUGCUAAAAGUAGAGGGCGCUUUUACAAGAUGGCGGCCCCCACGCACAUGUCACGUUUUCCCGCACGCAAAAACAUGUUUAAAAAGAAGAUCCAUCAAGCCAAAGAUAAAGGCGUAAAAGAUGACACACAUGAUGGUAGGGUUGGUAGACUUGAUGAGCACACCAUGGGCUAUUAUCGUAGAGUGGCUGACACAAUUAAAGAUGCGUUUCAAGACGAAGCGGAGCAAGGCCUGUUUCUAGACAACGUCUUUGAUCAGAUGGAGGGAGAGCAGGUCCAACUCUGCCGUAACCAAACUGUCUCUCGCAUCCUUGAGGAGCUCCUGUGCUUGGCCCGCCCCUCCCACCUCCGGAGAUUCCUGUCAGGCAUCCUUGGGGAGUUCGAGGUGGUGGUCAGGGACCGAUUUGCCGGCCACGUGGUCCAGAAGGCACUGCUUCAGACCGCCAAGUCCUUAGACGAUGGAGAAGAAGGGGCUGAACUUCAGGAGAAGGUUCUGUCAAUGGCUGACUUGCUACUGGCCGACUUGAAUGCUGUGAUGAUGGACACAUACGGCAACCACAUUCUCCGUACCAUGCUGCAAGUACUAGGUGGGGUCAGGGUACCAGACCAGGUUGCCAGGAGCCGGUUGUCAAGGGAACAGCAAGACAAAGAAACAAGCAAAGAAACAAAACAACUGCUGAAGAAAGUGCCCGAGAAAAUGCAGCUGAGCCUCAAGAAGAUCACCAACACCCUCCUGUCGGCAGAAAACUUCAACGAGUACUUGCUGCACCGCACCUCCGGUCCCGUGUUGGAGGUUCUACUCCUGGUCCUGCAGCAGUCGCAUCCCGCCCUCUGCCACCGCGUCGGCCAAGCCAUCCUCAAGAAGUCCAAAGUCAUGUCCAAGAAUCCUGCCCAGCCUGACAAAAGAGUACCAGUUGUGUUUACGGACAGCGUUGGCAGUCACCUGUUUGAGGUCGUCAUUGAGGUGGUGUCCUCAGAGGCUUUCUCUGAGGUCUACUCACAGUGCUUCGGGAACUACUUGCUGGAAAUGGCACUGCACCCUGUGGCCAACUUUGUGCUGCAGAAACUGAUCAAGAGAUCCGCUAGGGAAGAAGAGUUUUCUGAGAUGUUUGACAAGCUGUCGGCAAAUUUGGAGGCCAUUCUCGGAGUCAACCACAUGGGCGUGGUUUUGAGGCUUGCCGAGUCAUGCGUCCAUCACCCAACCAAGCAACGUGCAUUCUUGCAGGGAUUACUGAGCGCCUUCCACUGCUGGGAACCGCGGGAGAGACAGUCGUCCUGCGUCCUGCUCAUCGCCGGCAUGGUGACCCAUGAAGUUUUCUUCCCUGGCAGCAAAGAAGAUGAGGAACAAGACACAAAACUGAAGCCCGGACUCACUGAAGUCAAUCUGCACGGUUCCCUGCUCCUCCAGCAACUGCUCAAAUUCCACCACUGCGGCCCGGUCAUUGCGGGGUUCAUGGCCCUCCGAGAUGAUGAUCUAACCACCGUGGCCUGUUCCCCGAGUGGCAGCUAUCUCCUAGAAGCCUUUGUGACCAGUAGCGUGGUCAGCGAGAAGAAGAAAGAUAGAUUCGUGGCUCAACUCCAGACCAACUGUUUCAAGAUUGCCUGCCACAAGACAGGCAGCCGAUCUAUCGAAGCUAUCUUCAAGGCAGCCUCACUCAAGACGAAGACCGCUCUCGUUCAGGUGCUGUCUGAGAAGGAUAAGCAACUCCAGUCAGACCAUUUCGGCAAGUUUGUUUAUCGCAACUGUGCCGUGGGGCUGUAUAAGCUCCGCCCACAGGACUGGGAGGAGCUACAAGGAAGAGAGAGCAAGAAGAGGAAGCUGUUUGCCGAGAUCAUCGGGGAGGGAGAAGACAGAGCUUCCAAAAAGAAGCGUAGACAAUUAGAAGGUGAUGCUGGGCAGCCAUUGUCAAGCUACUCUGACGAGAUGCUGGCACUUGGGAUGACGGUCAAAGAGAAAGAGAUUGGAGAAUCAGACGAGGAUGAUGACAUUGAUGAUAUCUUUGGGAAAAUAUCCAAGCCUGCAGUCAAGCCGAGUGUUUCACCCCAGAACAAGAGCUCCAAACGGAGACGAUCUGCCAGUACCCACGACGAAAAAGACAAGCCAGACACGGGGCACGGACAAAGUAGUGACAAAGAAGAAAAGACCCACUCAAAAGCGAGGAAAUCCAAAAAGAAACUCCACAAAAAGGAAAGAGAAAAGAUUUGCCCUGACAACUGAUGUCAACUUGGAUUUAUUGAUACACUGAUAUUCUCUACUACACAUAUUGGAAGAUAUUUCUCAGGUUGCACCUAGUUUGCCUGAAAGUGUUAUGUGCGUUCAGUGCACUUUUGACCAAUAGGAUUUCACAUUACAUGCGCCUUACAUAUUCAUACCUCAUACAUAUUCAUACAUCAUACAUACCUCAUACAUAUUCAUGAUCAAGAGCCAAAUUGUCACUGGUUCUCUUUCACCAUCACGUGCCAGAUGCUAUUUUUGCUGUUUACCAAGCGCACGCAUGCAAGUAUUCGACUGUCGCAUGGGUGUAGUUCUCAGCGCGAACAUCGCCCAAGUUACGCAUGAAAAGAUGGUUGCAUACGUAAAUUUUAAUUAGCUUUUUCCUGAGCUCAAUGAUGCUAAACUGGAGAAUAUUGUGGACAAUAAAGAUGCCUCCUGUACUUAAUUUUUUUUCAGUUCAGUUCUUUCACCCAGUUCCUGAUUCCCGAUAUGAAGUAUUUUAUUAACAAAUUUUAAACUUCAAUAAAUAUACAGUUUAAAGAUAAAAAAAA